AUGCCACUGUUUUAUGCUGCAACACACGGUCACGAAACAGUCGUUCAGUUGCUUCUAAAGCAUCGAGCCUUCCCGGACUUCGCAGAUAGUACCUACAGCCGAACACCCCUAUCCACAGCUGCGCUAAACGGGCAAGAGGCUGUGGUAAAGCUACUGCUGUCAUGCGAUACCAAUGUUGAUUCCAAGGAUCAUCAAGACCGGACACCACUGAUAUUAGCAGCAUUGAAGGGGCAUAACUCAAUAGUUGAGCUCCUUCUCAAUAAGGGCGCAGACGUCAACACCAAGGAUAUGAAUGGUCGAACGCCACUAUUCUGGGCCAUAUAUUCUGGCUACAUAACGACGGCCGCAACGCUACUUGACAAUCGUGCUGAUCCAGACUUCAGAGACAAAAACCAACAAAAUCUAUUGAUGUGGGCUAUAAAAAGAGGUCAGGAUGCGAUUAUCAAGCUCCUCCUCGAGCAUAGUGCGAAAACAGAUCACGCCGAUGAAUAUGGCCAGGUACCCCUGUCCUUGGCUGCGGAUGGAGGGCAUGUAAAUGCGGUCAAGCUGCUGCUCGGGAACGGUGCCUAUGUAGACACUCUUGACUUUCAAUCUUGUCGGUCACCACUGUGGCGCGCUGCAGAAAGAGGACAUGCGGAGGUGGUUGAGUUGCUACUUACGAGCGGCGCUCAGUUAGACUUGACGGACAAUGAUGGUCGCACGCCACUGUCUAGAGCUGUCGCAAAUGGACAUAAGACAGUGGUGGAGCUACUGCAAUGCGGUGAUCGGGAACGAAAAUAA